AGAAUUUAUGACCUAUACUGCAUAUUUUAUCAACAAUAAUACCAAGCAAUAACAAUAAGAUGGAGUUUAAUGUUUACAAAGUCACCUCAAUUUAAAAAUAUUGUUAGAUAACGUACAAUGUCAAAUUCCACGCAAGGAACAGUUUAAAUGGAGUGACGUGGCAAAUUAAGCCACUUAAGUCACUUUAAAAAUAACAAGUAGCAUCUAUAUAAGAGGAAAGGGGCUAAAAUGUUGCAGAUUAGUGCUUCGAUAUCACACAGAGUUAGUUUAAAGUUGCAUUAAUAAAAUGUUUGUGCUAUCUGAUUUAAUUUUAACAAAAUGGUUAAUUUUACCAAUAAUCCUUAUAUUUUUAACGACUUAUUGGAUGAAAUUAAAAUUUUCUUACUGGAAAAAACGAAAAGUGCCUCAUUUUAAACCAUCAUUUCCUUUUGGUAACGUAAAUAUUUUUAAUGGAACUCCAUCGAUAGGACAAAUUUAUAACGAUUUUUAUAAAAAAGCUAAAGCCCACGGAUUUAAAUACGCUGGUUAUUAUAUGAGUAUUGAGCCAGUUUUUGUAGCAAUUGACCCAGAAUAUAUUAAACAACUACUAAUUAAAGAUUUUCCGAGCUUUCACGCCAGAGGAUUUUAUCAUAACGAAAAGGAUCAACCUAUGAGUGCAAAUAUUUUCACGAUCGAUGGGCCGAAAUGGCGAACUUUAAGGUAUAAAUUUUCUCCGACAUUUACUUCCGGUAAAAUUAAAUAUAUGUACCAACUGGUUUUGAAUUGCGAGAAACAAUUAUCUGAGAUGAUUUCAAAACAUGCAAAAACAAAGAUGCCCAUUAAUAUAAAACACAUAAUUAGUAGGUAUACCACAGAUACGAUUAGUUCUUGUGCUUUCGGAGUCGAUACGAAUUCUUUUGGUGAAAAUCCUGUAUUACAUAAAAACGCAACAACUUGUAUUGAAGAAAGUACGACGUUUUUACGAUUUGGAUGUUUAUAUGUUUUGCCGAAUGUUUGUCGGUUUUUUAAGGUGGGUUUAUUCGUUGGUAACUAUUUAAAGUACUUCGAAGAUUUGAUAAUGGACACGUUUGAACAGAGGAAGAAAAAUUUGGUUUAUCGAACGGAUUUCUUGCAAAUGAUGAAAGAAAUGCAAGAUCAAAAAAUUCCAGAAUUCGACGUUACUUUAGAAGAGAUUAAAUCCCAAACGUUUAUAUUUUUCUUAGGCGGAUUUGAAACUUCAUCUACUGCGAUGACUUUUCUUUUCCUUGAAUUAGCAGAAAAUCCCGAAAUUCAAGAAAAAUUAAGAAACGAAAUUAAUGAAGUUUCCGAGAAACACAGCGGAAUUACUUUCGAAGCAUUGCAAGAAAUGAAGUAUUUAAGUUGUGUUGUUGAUGAAACUCUUCGAAUGUAUCCACCUUUAACCGUUUUAAACAGACGCUGCGCUGAAGAUUACACACUUCCAAACGGAGAAAUUUUAGAAAAAGAUACUAAUGUUAUCAUUCCAAAUUUCGCUAUCCAAAGAGAUCCGGAAUAUUAUCCUAAUCCAGAAGUUUUUGAUCCCGAUAGAUUUACCGAAGAAAAUAAAGCUAAAAGACCUCCUUAUACUUAUCUUCCGUUUGGAGAUGGACCAAGAAAUUGCAUCGGCAGUAGAUUUGGUUUGAUCCAAAUUAAAGUCGCCGUCUCCCAUCUAGUUAAAAAAUUCAAAUUUAGCGUCAACAAAAAUAUGGAUACAACUCGUGAUUACUCCUCUCAUUUUGUUUUAACGUUAAAACGAGAUGUUAUUUUAGAUGUUGAAGAGGUUUCAUAAAUAUUGUAAUUUUUUAUUACACUUGAAAAAAAGAAAAAUACAUUGCAUAAAGUACAUGAAUUA